AUUCCUAUGAAGGGGAAGUACCAACAGUGUUCAGGUAGGUGGUACGUGUCAAAGUAACAUUCCCGUGAAUGGGAGGAGCCAAGGUUUCCCAGCAGAACAUUGUCCAAAGUGUCACCCUGCCUCCGCCGGCUUGUCUUCUUCCUAUACUGCAUCCUGGUGCCAUCUCUUCUCCAGAGACAACAUCCAAAGAUGGCUCCCAAGAAGAGGGCGGCGGCCCAGGCCAAGGGCACCAGGAAGGGCAAGAAGGCAAAAGUCAAAGAGGAAAUUAAGGAGGAGGAGAUUCAGGCCCCGCCCCCCGACCGCUUCCAGAGCGCCGUACAGGCGCUGAAAGCUGCUUCUGGGAAGAAAGGGAAGGCCAAGGUGGACUCUGCGUGUACGCUGACCCAUUGUGCCGGGUACGAGGUGUUUGGGGACUAUGACUGCAUGCUGAACCAAACCAACAUCGGGCACAACAACAAUAAAUUCUACAUCAUCCAGCUUCUCCAUUGGCCUGCCGGUAAACCCCCCCAAUACGUCACCUGGAAUCGCUGGGGCCGCGUGGGGGAGUCCGGCCAGAACAAGACGAGUUAUUUCACAGAUGAAGCUGCUGCCAAGAAGGAUUUUGAGAAGAAGUUCAAGGAUAAGACGAAGAACAACUGGUCAGAUCGUGAUAAUUUCACAGCGCACGCCGGAAAAUACACCAUGAUCGAGGUGGAGCAUGACGACGACGAGGAGGACAACGGAGAGGCCAUGGUCAAGGUGGACACAGUGGACGGCGUGCCAAAGAAGGUGAAGACUUGUUCCCUGGACAAACCCACCCAGGACCUCAUGACCCUGAUCUUCAGCAGCGACAUGUUCAAGGAGGCCAUGCAGACCAUGAAUCUGGACAUAAAGAAGAUGCCGCUGGGGAAGUUGAGCAAGGGGCAGAUAGCGAAGGGGUUCGACGCUCUGGAGAACCUGCAGGCCGCGCUAGACAGAAAAGCCAAAAAGCCGGAGCUGAGUGACCUGUCCUCCCGCUUCUACACCAUCAUUCCACACAACUUCGGGCGACAGACACCCCCCAUUAUCGACACCCUGGAGGUCCUGCAAGCCAAGAAGGACAUGCUGCUGGUCUUGGCGGACAUCGAGCUGGCUCAGACUUUGCAGGCGGACAAGGUGAAGCAGGAAGAGGAAUCCCAACUGGAAGAGGUCCCCCACCCGCUGGAUGUGGAUUAUCAGCUAUUGAAGUGUGAGCUGGACUUACUAACUCCUAAAUCGGAGGAGUACAAGGUGAUUGAUAAGUAUGUGAAGAAUACGGGACCCACCUACAGGUCGCUGAAAAUCCUGAAUGUCUGGCGCGUGGCCCGAGACUUGGAGGAGGAAAGACUGAAAGAGCACGAGGACAUCGAGAACCGGCGCUUGCUGUGGCACGGCACCAACGUAGCAGUGGUGGCGGCCAUCCUGAAGAGCGGCCUGCGCAUAAUGCCCCAUUCAGGAGGGCGAGUGGGCAGAGGGAUCUACUUCGCCUCAGAGAACAGUAAAUCUGCAGGAUACGUUGGCUGCACCUCGAAGGCCCUUGGAAUCAUGUUUCUGAAUGAAGUGGCCUUGGGGGAGGAGUAUCACAUCACCACAGAUGACUGCUCCUUGAAGAAGGCCCCUGCGGGCUACGACAGUGUGGUGGCACGUGGAAUGACAGAGCCAGACCCCAAGAAGGAUGCCGAGCUGACCUUGGACGGGCGGAAAAUCAUUGUCCCUCAAGGACCGCCCAUACAAAUGCCUAAAUUCAAAGACUCGCACUUCGGUCAGAGCGAAUACCUCGUCUACAAGGAGAGCCAGGCCCGUAUGCGCUACCUGCUGCUCCUGCAGUUCUAGAAGGCCGCCUCCCACUGCGCACAUUAAUGUGUCUUCUUCAAUCGACUGGACCCCGCUUUACUGGCAAUUCUACCAAUAUUUACCAUUAUACAAUAACUCAGCACACGGGAACAUAAGACAUGAGGAAAGCCAAUCGGAUGGUGAGGAAUCGGUGACAUCACCGACGCACAGUCCUAAAUUCUGGCCCAUGAUGGCGGCCUCCAGUGGCUACAUAACCAGAAUCAAAUCUUGUUCAAGAAAUCCAAUCAGGAGUGGACACAGUCAGUGGGUGGCUUUUGGAACAGAACUGAAUGAGUAAGAUCUGGCUGAGGGCGCCGGAAUUCUCCAACCGAAGCAUUGUUCCCUAGUUUUAGAUAGAAAUGGGGUAGGGCUUAACCCUUGCGUGUCAUUUUUAUGCCCUUCUGGCCCCCAAUUGGGGGGUCUAUGGGUGGCUCCAACUGGACUUGGAAUUACAUUGACGUGAGGGAGAAGCGGUUGAGGUUGCCCGCAUUCUACACCCAAAACAUUUUGGGCC